CCGGGGCAGCGACAGGGGCCGGGACAGCGACAGGGGCAGGGCCGGGCAGGCCGGCCCCCUCCCGUCACCACCCCCGCUUCCUCCCGGCCCCGCCUGUUGAUGUUUCACUUGCUUUUAAUUCCCGGGUCGCAAGAUGGAGGCGGCACUGGGACGCCGAGAGCUGCUGCUGCUGCCGCUGUCGCUGCUGCUGCCGCCUCUGGCCGCCGCUCUGCUGGGCCCGGCCGCGCCGCUGGGACAGGAGAUGCAUCACCUGAGAUGGUGGUGAGGACAGACGUCUCCCAAGGACAUGCUGCAAGGACAGACAGAUCACGCAGCAGAGGCAGUCCGACCAUCUGUGUCCAUCAGAACAAGGAGCCCAGCUCAUUCUUCCCAGCUGAGUUCUUGUAUCUCUCAUGCUUGUCCAGCUCUUCCUUGCUUGCUCAAGAAGCAAUCAGAGUUGGUGUUAUGAUGCUGAACACCAGUGGAGAAUUUCACAAAGGACAGGUUCUUUUUAACAUCACCUAUGUUAAUGGACAGGUAUAUCUAAAUGACUUUCCUAUGAAAAGUGGCGUUGCCCACAUAAUGUGUCAAACAAUAAUACUGGAGAACAGAAGCUUGGAUAACAUACCGGAUCAGCAGCGCCUGGGAACCGUCAGUGUUCGCAUCAUGGUUCACGAGUGGCCUUUGGCAUCUACUUCAGAUUUGCAGCUGAUUGUCAUUCAGGAAGAAGUGACAGAAAUUGAUGGAAAACAGGUUCAGCAGGAAGAAGUAACAGAAAUAGAUAUUUUAGUAAAGGACCUGAGAGUACUUAGACACUCCAACUACACCGUCCCUUUGAAAGAGAGCAUGCUGUAUUCCAUGCCAAGGGAUAACGAUAUAUUAUUUACACUGCCCAACCUCUCUGGAAAAGAUAUUCAAGAUCCACUGCAAACUACCAGUCAGUACCUCAUCCAGCAAGUAGAAACUACAGUGGAUGAAGAGACAUUACCUGGCAAGUUACCAGAGACCCCUCUUAGGAUAGAGCCUCCAUCUUCUUACAAGGUGAUGUGCCAGUGGGUGGAAGACUUGAGAAAAGGGUUGUGCAGAUUCUGGUUUCAGUCUUUACCCAUCUUGUUUAGUUUCAUGGAAGUUGUUAUUGUUGGAGUUGUUGGAGCAGCUCUUAUUAUCAAAGUCUUAAAGGUGAUUCUUCCUUCCUGUGAAAAUAAAGGCAUCCUUCUCCUGGAUCAAGUCAGCUUUGUACCUGUGACUACCAUCAGCCUGCCUUCAGACCUUUCAGACAGGAAAAAUAAUUUAGAUGAGAAAUCAUGUACUUAAUACUGUAUUUACUUUGGAGUUACUGUUUUUUAAAAAACACUCUUUUAGUUGAUCUGAUAUUUGGCACCUAAUCUUAAUACCUUGGUUUUUUCCUACUAAGAAAACUAAGUCAGUUGAUUAAUUGAUAAAGGGCCGCUCAGGCUGAAGCCCAGAGCUGACUUCCUUGUGCCUCUCCAUAAACAAGCAGCCUUUUCAGAAGCUUCAAAAUUGAACAGCCUCCUUUUCAGAAGCUUCAAAAUAGAACAGCUUUCCACCCUGAGGGCUACCAUUGGUUUUAACUUCUGUGAAGUCACUUUGCCACACCACGGACGGGAUGCUGGCUGCCUUCAUGCCCAUAAACUAAGUCAGCUGUCCUGACUAACAAGAUGAUGAAAUUCAGGGUGUCCUUAAGUCCACAGAUAGCAUUCUUCAGAAAAAGAUGAGGGAAUAUUGCAAACAUCAGCUGUGCCUGCAAACCUAAGCAAACCUGCCCCAGCUGGUUCCAGGUCUCAUAGGGUUGAGUGUGUCUUGCAAGGAAGAUACCACUACCAAACAUUUGUGCUACUCUAAAGAUCUGACAUUUUAUAUAUGCAAAACAAAAAUUUGAAUGGCAGAUUUAUAUUUCAAGCACUUUACAUUUUUAUGGUCCCUUCCACUCAUAAAAAUUGUUAGCAGUUGUAACCAGCUUGCUUUUUGCAUCUGUGACAGCAGUACUCUACGGAAAGUCCCAAAAGAAAAAGGAAAAUUCCAUUAAAUUCUACAGAAAUACUGGCUGAACUAUUGCUGAGUAGGCCCAGUCUGCUCGUGCCAGUUUGUACUGUUAACAUUUUUCAAAUAAACAUUUAAAUUGUUUA